AAAUAAAUUGGGGAAAGCUUUUUAUACUUUUAGGGCUAACAUAAAACACGAACAUUCAAUCAAAAACAAUAACAAAUUAAAAAAAAAAAAAUGGAAGAAAUAACAGAAGGAAUGAACAACAUCUCAAUUAAAACAACAAACAACAACAAUGAUUCUUCUUCAUACAGAAAAAACAGAAUCCAAGUUUCUAAUACCAAAAAACCCCUCUUUUUCUAUGUCAAUCUCGCCAAGAGAUACAUGCAACAGCAUAAUGAAGUCGAACUUUCAGCUCUUGGAAUGGCAAUUGCAACCGUUGUCACGGUGGCUGAAAUCUUGAAGAACAAUGGCUUCGCUGUUGAGAAGAAAAUAAUGACGUCAACUGUAGAAAUGAAUGGAGAAUCUAGGGGAAGGCCAGUUCAAAAGGCCAAGAUUGAAAUCGUGUUGGGGAAAACUGAAAAUUUUGACGAGUUGAUGGCUGCUGCACAAGAGGAGAGGGAAUUGGGAUAUGCGGAGGAGCAGAGUUGAAGAGGAAAGUUUCUGCUACAUUGGGUUAGUAGGCGAGUUAUUAAUAUUCAGUGUUAGAUGUUCAAUUUAUCGAUUGGUCUGUUUGAGAUGCAUGGUAGCAUUAAGAUUUGUUUUCCUUGCCUUGAGUUACUUGAGACUAUUUUCCAUUGUUGUUCCUGGUUGAAACUCUUUAAAACUUGCUCAAUGUUGAGUACAUAAAGUUUAUUUCAUUCUUAUGUGAAA